AAUAGCAACUGUUGAUUGUAGUUUUGAUAUAAAAACAAAAUAAACUUUGCAUCUAACAUUAGUUUCAUUUACUGACGAAGGUGGGAGGAAGCCAGUUUUGUUGUUGGUAUUUUUAAAUUGUUUUAUAAAAUAAUUACAAUCAAGUUACUGGUGGAUUAUACAAAAAUGAACUGGAACUCAGAUCUGUCCCGUGAUGAAGAGAAGCUACUUCGAGUGUCUUUACAAGAUGUGCAUGUAUUCCUCAAGAAAUAUAACGUGACGGAAAAGCAAUUGCAAGAAAUUAUUGCUUCGAUUCAAGAUUGGUAUGAAAAACAACCGCAUCUACCUAAAAUUAAAUUAGAUGAUAGAGUAAUGUUUCGACUUUUAGUCUCGACAAAAUUUCGCAUUGAAAAGGUUAAAGAUAAAAUAGAUGCAUCUAUAUCAGCUAAACAUAAAAUGCCUGAAUUCUUACUAAAUAGAGAUCCUUUAUCCCCAAUUACCGAUGAAUAUUUGAGAUAUGGUUUCUUCGCCGUAUUACCAAACAAGACACCAGAUAAUCACCGUGUUGCGAUAUUCAGAAUAAAAUCGCCUCGUGAGUUCGUUGUAAUCGAAAUUAUUAAAAUAGCUUUUAUGAUACUAGAUUAUAUCAGACAUAACGAUUUAAAUAUGGGCCAGCAAUAUGUUUAUGAUCUUACCAAUGUAAGAUUCAGCAACACAGUGCAGAUGACUCCGCCAGUUGUUACAAAAAUGUUGUAUUAUAUAUUUUAUUGUCAUGGAGCUAAACUUAAAGGGAUACAUUUAAUAAAUAUGCCAUCUUUCGCUAUACCGAUACUUAAUUUGAUAAAAAAAUUAUUAAAACCCAAAAUUGCUGAAAGAAUUAAAAUACAUUCGAAGCCCGAAGAUAUUGCUAAUGUAUUCCCUAAAAGUAUGUUACCUAAAGAAUAUGGAGGGGAUGAGUUUAGUUUCGAUGAAGUCACAGAGGAGUGGAGAAAAAUGUUUCAAUCUGACGCCUGGCGACAAUAUUUUAUUGACCAAGACAAAGUCAUAAGCGACGAAUCCAGGCGAACAAGAGUUUUAAGUUGUGAUGAAUUCUUUGGAUGUGACGGUUCAUUUAGAAAACUUGAAUUCGAUUAAAAAGAGUGAUGGAUA